AUGGUGCGUAAUGGCGGCUGUGCAGUCGCUACGCGUGUCCUGAUUGAGCCCCCGGGCGAAGUUCGCCACUAUUACCUGCGCUUGGAAUCCGUGAAACUGAAAGAUUUCGACGAGAUUGGCAGGUACGACCUUCCUGCUGUAGUCGACUACAUCUUGGACUUGACGGGAUUCUCUAAGCUGGGCCUGCUGGCGAUUUCGCAGGGCGCUACCGAUGUCCUGGUGUUCCUCUCAAUGCUGCCUGAGUAUAACAGGAAGGUAAACAUCUUUGUCGCUUACGCUCCCGUUGCAAACAUAACGCACUUCACUACUCCACUGAGGCUACUAUUUCCACUGACAGAACCGUUGACGAUGAUAAACGACAUCUUCACCCACGGCGGACUCCUCGUCUCAAAUCCGCUAAAGCAGAUGAUGAUUGCGACAGCAUGCAACAGUCCACUGCGUGAAGUCUGCUACCUACCUUAUGCCAUCAUUUUUGGAAAAAAUGCCAAACAACACAACAGUACUAGGGUACCUGUCUACAUCGCAAGCUUCCCUGCGGGCACUUCGACCAAAACCGUUUUGCACUAUACACAGGUCUACAGGGCAAGGAACUUUGUUAGGUUUGACUACGGAAUCUUAAAGAACUUGGUCAAGUAUGGACAGGUGAAGCCGCCAGCUUAUCCCCUGGAACAAAUCCGAGUCCCUGUGGCAAUCUACCAGGGACAGGGUGACAACUUCGCCGUUCCCCAGGACAUGGAUGACCUGAGCGAGCGGCUCAAGCACGUGCUGGUGCUGAAGUAUAUGGUCCCGGACCCAGAUUUUGGCCAUUUGGACUUCCUCAUGGGCUUUAACGCCACAGCUAUUCUCCACAGCCACAUGAUGUAUUUGAUCUCGCAGUACACAACUGUCCAACUGUCGUUUGAGUGUGACAAACGUGUUCACGUGCUCUCCCCUUGUUCACUGAGGAUGAAGGAAAAGAAGAAUGCCGUGGAGUCCUCAUAG